AUGGAUGCCUCUGAGAGAGCUUCUGUCAAGUCAACCGGGACCAAGGCCAACAACCAGAAUUUGGGACAGAAGAAGCAAUCCAAGGCAAACUGCAGGUACUGCAAAGGCUGUGAUUUGUGGUAUUGCCCGGUCAACAUGGCCUCAAAGAGCAGCAUGUGCCAUCGGUGCAAGCAUUGCAUGGAUAAUAUCAGCCGAGCUGCUGCCGCUGAAGGCCAAAAAGACUGGGCCAAAGAGUUGCGGGGUGACCCUUUUCGAUUGCAAGCCGUCUUGAAGAAGUAUCGCCAGAUGGUUGGCACCGAAGCUGGCAACAGGACCAAGCUGCCCAAGGGAACCCUUUUUCAGAGCUUGCAGCAGGUUUCAGCAAAGAGCCGGAUUCUGUUUGAUACAGAACUUGAAAUGAUGUCAGACGAUACCUUUAUGCAGCACUCUGCUACUGAUGCUGGAGGACGUUUAUCAAAGAGCGCUGCGAAGGCCCAGUGGGCACUUUGGGAGCAACAGAUCAAAUCUGGUGAUGCUCCCGAAGACCUCAUUUAUGACACCAAGAAGGGCUUCUUGAGGAUUGCCUGCUCAACCAGAGAUACAGUGCACAUGCAGAAUGAUUCUUGCUUCGAAUUGGAGAGGUCCAAGACCCUGCAGACGCGCGAGAAGGAACAGAAGAACAUCAGUUCAGAUGAGCUGAUGCGGAAGAAGAAGGAAUUGGCUCAAGGUCAUGAUCAGAUCUUUGGUGACGACUGUGAUGACUUCAAGGACCCCUCACUGACAAUGUCACUUGUGCGCUCGGCAGGCUCCAGUGGUCAAUCUUUCCAUGGACGGUCGCAGGACGUGAACCUGUCUGAGUUGAUCACCGAAGGAGCAUCGGCGUCGUCGUUGGUGAUUCCUGGUGCUGAGGAAGUGCCCAGUGCUGAGGAGGAAGGCCCGAAGAAGCCUGAUCCUAAGCCCAAGGGCCGUGGCUGGGAUAAGGCGACUCAGAUUACUGCAAAGGUCCGAGCUGAACAGGGUUCUUUGCUUGAGCUUGAAUGCGCUUUGAAUCAGCGCCUUGCCGAUGUUGAAAAGGUCAAGAAGGAAUUGCAGAACAAGUCUUCAGAGUGCCAAGCUGAAGUGGCAAUGGAGCUUUGCACAGUUGAGAAAAGGAGGAGCUUCUUGAAGCUUGUCUUGGACAAGACCGAGGAGGGCAUCAACAAAUUGAGUGCUGAGAUUCAGAAAGUGACAGAUUCCGCAGCCGAUGGCAAUGCUGAAGAGGAGGCUGGAUGUGAUUCCCAGUCCCGUUCAGGGCAGAUCCAGAAGGCGCCUCCUUGCGCUUCCUUUGCGCGACUGUGCACUUUGAAAUCUUUGGAGAAUAUGGUUGAGGAGCUCUACGGUGCAGAGAGCGCAUCUGAAUUGCGUGACUUGGUCAAGGCCAGAGCUACUGCCAGGAAGCCAAUCACCGAGCUUUGUGCAGCCUCGAAGACUGCAGUUGUGGAGCUUCGUAAGGCCAUUACGGCUUUUCAGCAGAGGGCUUUGAAGCGAACCAGUGGUGGUGGCAACGAGCGAGUGAAGAAGUCUGCGAAGACUUCUGGCGGCCUUGGUUCCUACUUGCUUGAUGGCGGCUUUGAGCAAGCUGCUUCUUUUGCUUGCCAUUCUUCUGGCACGGUGAAGGAAGACCCUUUGAAGGUUUUGGGUGGGCUUUUGCACGAGCCUUUGUUGGUGACCUUCAAUGAUUCCCAGAAGCAGAUGUUCGAGACUUCAUGUUUCAAGGCAGCUACAGACAUCUUCAUUGGUGCCUUUGCUGGGAAGGUCAAGAAGGAGGAUUUGGCAAACGCCCAGAAGCCUUUGGAUCAACGUGUGAAGGCCAGGGCUGCUGCUAAGCUUUCGGAUGAGGCUUGCCAUGACGUGGAGGAAGUCUUGAGGGCUUGUUUCCUUCGUCACGCGAUCAAUUCGGUCAAGGAUCUCUCUCCGGGCCUUUGUGAUCUUGCACAUUUCGGGAUUCAAGGUGGAAGCAUUAUGUCUGGCGCAGAGCAAGAGCAGUUGGCGUCUGUCCGUUACCUUUUGAAGGGCAACCGCACUCUGGUUUGUGCCCCUGCCAGCGACAUCUUGCUGUUGAUGCAGAAGUCUGGUGUGGCAAAGAAGGGUUGCAACUUGUCGUCAAUGUGGAAAUUCUUCAUGGAUAUGAACGACUCUAUGGUGCAGACGUUGCUCUCUCUGGGAGGCAAACUCUAUGCCGUGACUCAGGGACCUGGAGACUUGCUGUAUAUUCCCAGCGGCUUUGUCUUCGCAGAGCGUGUGGGCACUCAGUCUGACUGCCUCGGCGUUGUCUUGCGAGGAUUGGUUACCCCCGAGCAUGAUUCCGCAGCCAAAUCUCGUUUGGAGUCAGUGAAGAAUAUCGUCACGGAUUCAGGAGACGUCUCCGGGUUGUCAGGGAUGGAUAAGCUCCUCAGUUUUUACCAGUGA